AUGCACGUCAUUCGACCAGUGUUGCCAUACAUUGCUAGUCGUCCAGUGUUGCCAUACAUUGCUAGUCGACCAGUGUUACCAUACAUCGCUAGUCGUCCAGUGUUGCCAUACAUUGCUAGUCGACCAGUGUUACCAUACAUUGUUAGUCGACCAGUGUUGCCAUACAUUGCUAGUCGACCAGUGUUGCCAUACAUUGCUAGUCGACCAGUGUUGCCAUACAUUGCUAGUCGUCCAGUGUUGCCAUACAUUGCUAGUCGACCAGUGUUGCCAUACAUUGCUAGUCGACCAGUGUUGCCAUACAUUGCUAGUCGACCAGUGUUGCCAUACAUUGCUAGUCGACCAGUGUUGCCAUACAUUGUUAGUCGACCAGUGUUGCCAUACACUGCUAGUCGUCCAGUGUUGCCAUACAUUGCUAGUCGACCAGUGCUGCCAUACAUUGCUAGUCGACCAGUGUUGCCAUACAUUGCUAGUCGACCAGUGUUGCCAAACAUUGUUAGUCGACCAGUGUUGCCAUACACUGCUAUUCGACAAGUGUUGCCAUAA